AUGACCCCUUUCAGGCUUGUCGCCCGACCACUUGCUCCCGCCAUCUCGUCUGCUCCCCGGACGCUGCCCCGGCUGGUUCGUUUCCAAUCCACCUCCGCCAACUAUGAGAAUAUCCUAGUCUCAUCCCCACGCCCUGGAGUCGGAUUGAUCACGUUGAACCGACCCAGGGCUCUCAAUGCGCUUUCGAGUGCGCUUUUCGUCGAACUCAACGAUGCCUUGAAGAAAUACGAAGAAGAUAAAGAGAUUGGUGCCAUCGUUCUCACGGGCAGUGACAAAGCCUUUGCAGCCGGUGCGGACAUCAAGGAAAUGGCACCUCUGACCUUCUCGGACGCCUAUGUGAAUAACUUUAUUGCUCCUUGGUCGUACAUGACCACUUUGCGCAAACCAGUGAUCGCUGCGGUGUCAGGCCAUGCUCUGGGAGGUGGCUGUGAGCUCGCCAUGAUGUGCGAUAUACUCUACUGCACGAAAACUGCGAACUUCGGCCAGCCGGAAAUCAAACUCGGCACGAUCCCAGGGGCUGGAGGCUCACAGAGACUCACCGCCGCAUUCGGUAAGAGCAAGGCAAUGGAAUUGAUUCUGACGGGAAACAACUUCAGUGGUGAGGAAGCCGAAAAACAUGGUCUGGCAGCAAGGGCAUUCGACGGUGGGAACAAAGAAGUCCUUGAGGGUGCCCUGGAUACUGCGGCCAAGAUUGCCAGCUACUCGAGGGUGGCCACCAUUGCUGCCAAAGAGGUGGUGAACAAGAGUCAAGAUCUGGGAGUGCGCGAGGGUGUCGAGUACGAACGUCGUAUCUUCCACUCCUUGUUUGGCAGCCAAGACCAGAAGAUUGGAAUGAAGGCGUUCGCGGAGAAGAAGAAAGCCGAAUGGAGCAACUCUUGA